AAAUCGAAUAAAUAGUGGCGAGCGACGCCGGAGCCGGAGUAGACGUCAUACGACGACCGACAGCCAGCCGCGAGUGACGCGGGUGCCGAUAACUCGUCGCUUACUUCGCGCGAUUCGCGACUCACGUCCGCACCUCUUUCCGUCCUCCCCUCGCCGCCUCCGACAAGGGAUCGGGAUAUUAGGGGGCGGGCUCUUUAUCACCCGCCAACGGGCCGCACACCGUACCUAAAGCAGCCUCCGGAAUCUCAUCCCACCGAUGAGCGCGCGGCCGGGGCGCGAUCGCGCUUUCACCGAGGGUGCCGCGCGAGACAGGCCGCGGCCCAGGCUUUAAAUUCAAAGAUACGAGGAGGAAUGACGCUGGAGAACCCGUUCUUUGUCGUCAAAGACGAGGUGUGCAAGGCGCUGAACAAAAACCGCGGCUUGUAUGGCCGUUGGAGCGAGCUGCAGGAUGUCGGGAUCACAUCGCCGAUCGGCGGCGGUGCCCCGAUGAGCGGCUCGGCCACGGCACCGCCGAUCUCGCGAACGGACGAGCUCGAUUGGACCACCACCGAGCUGCGAAAGGCUCUGCGUUCCAUCGAGUGGGACCUCGACGACCUCGAGGACACUAUCUGUAUCGUUGAGAAAAAUCCGACAAAAUUCAAGAUCGAUAACAAGGAGUUGACCGUUCAACGCAGUUUCAUCGAGCAAGCACGAGAAGAAGUCAAGAUCAUGAAGGACAAAUUGAACUUGAGCAGAAGUCGGGAUCGUGACAAUACAGCUAGACAGCCGCUUCUGGACAACAGCCCGGCACGAGUACCAACCAAUCAUGGCACCACUAAAUACAGCAAGUUAGAAAAUGAAAUUGAUAGUCCAAAUAGGCAAUUCCUAAGUGACACAUUACAACAACAGAACACCAUGAUAAUGCAACAGGAUGAACAAUUAGACAUGAUUGGGGAAACAGUUGGCACAUUAAAAACAGUGUCUAGACAAAUCAACAGUGAACUAGAUGAGCAAGCUGUGAUGUUGGAUGAAUUUGGGAAUGAACUGGAAACGACAGAUUCUAAACUGGAUGCUACCAUGAAAAAGAUGGCCAAAGUGCUGCACAUGAGUAAUGAUCGGAGACAAUGGGUAGCCAUUGGAGUGUUGACUGCUAUAUUGGUGUUUUUAAUAAUUUUAUUCAUAAUUAAAUGAAUCAUCUCCCGCCUUUUCCAGCUUCUUCUCUCUUCUCUUCCUUUACACGAUAAGAGUAUACCAAAUCCUCUUUAGCUUUAAAUGUAAUCUAAGUCCCGUUUGACAUAUUUAAAUAUUAUUGAUAUAGUGAGAUUUUAUGAAUAAAAAAUAAACAGUUAAUUAUAAAAUAAUUCUAUGACGGCCUCUUUUUAAAAUGUCUCUCACAUCAAUAGCAGAUGCAGAU